AUGGGCCUCCUCGGGAUCGUUGGCCGUAGGCUCAUCAAGCAGAUUUCCCUCCAAUCCUCUCCAGUCCCAGUCCCCGACCCCAUCCCGACGCUGCCUUGGGAACUGCAGUCCCUCAUCUUGGAGCACUACAGCUCAGAGCCAGAGACGACGUCCGUCAAGGAGCAACUCUUGCCGCUAUGGGUCUGCUCGGCCUGGCGUGACUACUUGCUCACUCGAUCUCCGGAGUACUGGACUUUCGUCCACGUUGCCUUCCACGAAGACGUCGUCCAUCUCAGCAAGCAAAUUGUCGACCUGCUCUCCCACACCGAUCCCUCCAGAAUUCGGCUCUCAAAGAUUGUUAUCGAUCUUGCCGAGUUCGCCCUUCACCAACACCAUCGCCCCUCACAACACUUCCCAAUGGCACGCCACCUCAUCCCCCUCGCCACUCACUCCGUCGAGGUUCUCUCGACAUACACUCGUCAUGACCAUAUUUCCCAUCUUUGCCAAACGUCCGAGCCUUUGACGGUGCCCUUCGCCACCUUCCUGGACGCCAUGGGGUUAAAUUCAAUGGCGCGAUGCUUUUCCUUCGAGAAGCAAAAUCAAGGUGCGACAGGCUCGUGGCCGCCAAUUUUCACGCACGGAAAUCCCAGCAGCCAGCCGACACCGUUCCGUUGGACUAACUUGCGCGCUCUGUCCAUCCAAGACGAUUUAUCGGUCACCUUCUGUCAUGCGAUCCUGGCGGAUUGUGGCCCUCAACUUGAGAAGCUCAGAUUAAUGGGAGUGAAACGGUUCUACGACGAUGAUCCGUACGCUGUCGCAGAGCCGGAGUGGUGCCUCCAAGCCGCCAAUCUCCCCGUUAUCCAGAUGCCGAAGCUCACCGAUCUCGCCCUGGAAUUCCAUUGCAAAGAAGGAGAAGCACUACCAUUUAUCCUUGAUUGUCCCUCCGUGACCAACCUCGAACUGGCGACGACCUAUCCUGCACUCAUGAAAAGACUAGCCAAAUUCCCGUUCAUUGGGUCGAAUUUACAAAGGCUUUCGUGUCGUUCACCUGAUGAAUCGACCUGGCCGGAAGCUGUUGCUGAAAUAUUGCAUGAGACUCCCAAUCUGGAGGCACUAGAAUGGGGAGUGGACUGUCUGCUUGGGCGGCCAGUGCGGGUUUGGGGGGCACCAGUCAACCCCAAUGGCGAAUCCUUGAAGUCGGUCAACCUCUCCCGGCUUCGAUCUCUCAAGAUUCACUCUUCGGAGACCAUCUACCCUUCAGCACUUCUCUACUUGCUCAAAGGUAACGGUUGCCCAAACCUGGAAAGGCUGAUCGUUCCAGUUUUCCCCUCCAAACUCCACGACAAUAUCUCCGGAAGACGCCUCGACGUCACAUGCGAACCACCACUCCGGCGCAAUGGAUAA